AGCCAUUUUGGCUAAAGCCUUACUCUUUUUAAACCUGUUCUCCUCGCCGACUCCGGCCCGACCCGUGGACUGCGCCCGCGAUGCCGGCCAUGUCGAAGCUCUCGGGCGGCCGCAAGCCGGUGUUGCUGCCGGCCGCGGGCGCCGCCGCGCUCGGCGGCCUGGCCUGCUUCGUGGGCCCCGCGGCGCGGCCGGCUGCGGCGCGCGCGCCGGCCGCGGCCGCGGGGGCGCACGCGGGCGCGGGGGCGCAGGCGCGCCCAGGCUCCAGCCCGUCUGCGGCGACGGCGACGGCGGCGUGCGGCGCGCUGCUGGCGGGCGCCGCCGUGGCGGGCGGCUCGCGCCGGCGCGCGAGGGGCGCCACGGCGGCCGCCGCCACGGCCGUGAGCACGGAGGUGGAGACCGACUGCGUCAACGCGAUCCGCUUCCUGGCCGUGGACGGGGUCAACAAGUCCAACAGUGGCCACCCAGGCGCGCCCAUGGGCCAGGCUCCCAUCGGCUACGUCCUCUUCGCCGAGGAGAUGAACUUCAACCCCAAGGACCCAGCGUGGGUGAACAGGGACCGCUUCGUCCUCUCCUCCGGCCACGGCUGCAUGCUCCAGUACUCGGUGCUGCACCUCACAGGCUACGACAGCGUCACCAUGGACGACCUGAAGCAGUUCCGCCAGUGGGGCUCCAAGACGCCAGGGCACCCGGAGAACUUCGAGACGGCCGGCAUCGAGGUGACCACGGGCCCUCUCGGCAUGGGCGUCUCCAACGCGGUGGGCCUCGCGGCAGCGGAGCGCCACCUGGCGUCUGUCUACAACAAGCCGGGGCUGGACCUCAUCGACCACUACACAUACUGCAUCAUGGGCGAUGGCUGCUGCCAGGAGGGCAUCUCCCACGAGUCCUGCGCUUACGCCGGCCACCUCGGCCUCGGCAAGCUGAUCGUCUUCUACGACGACAACGGCAUCACCAUCGACGGCCACACCGAGCUCUCCUUCACCGAGGACGUGGGCAAGCGUUACGAGGCCUACGGCUGGCAGGUGCUGACGGUCGAGGACGGGAACACUGACGUGGACGCCAUCCGCAAGGCCAUCGCGGAUGCCAAGGCCUGCACCGACAAGCCGACCCUGAUCAAGGUCAAGACCAUCAUCGGCUACGGCUCCCCGAACAAGGCGGACAGCCACGACGCGCACGGGGCGCCGCUCGGCGCGGACGAGGCCACCGCCACCCGCGCGCAGCUCGGGUGGAAGUACGGGGAGUUUGAGAUCCCGGACAGCGUCUACGACGUCUUCAAGGCCCACGGGGCCGAGGGCGCCAAGAAGCAGGAGGCAUGGAACAAGGUGUGGGCCGAGUACCAGGAGAAGGAGCCCGAGCUGGCCAAGCAGUUCCAGCGCGUCUGCAUGGACAAGACGCUGCCGGAGGGCUGGGCGGACUGCCUGCCCAAGGUCGCAGAGGGCGACAACGCCAAGGCCACCCGCCUGUGGUCGCAGGACUGCCUCAACGCCCUCGCCAGCACGCUCCCCGAUCUCAUCGGCGGCUCGGCCGACCUCGCGCCGUCCAACAUGACCCUGAUGAAGUGCACGGGCGACUUCCUCAAGGACUCCUACGAGGGCCGCAACAUGCGCUUCGGGAUCCGCGAGUUCGGCAUGGGCGCCGUCUGCAACGCCAUAUCCCUGCACAAGACCGGCCUGGUCCCGUACUGCGCCACCUUCACCAUCUUCAGCGACUACAUGCGCAACGCCAUCCGCCUGGCGGCCCUCGCGCAGGCCGGCACCAUCUUCGUCACCACCCACGACUCCAUCGCCGUGGGGGAGGACGGCCCGACCCACCAGCCCAUCGAGACCAUCCCGUCGCUGCGCAUGAUCCCUGACCUGACCGUCAUCCGCCCGGCCGACGGCAACGAGACGUCGGGCGCCUACAAGAUCGCGUUCGAGAAGUCGAAGCUGGAGUCCAUGCCGACCUUCCUGGCGCUGACGCGGCAGGCGGUGCCCAACCUCCCCAAUUCGUCCAUCGAGAACGUCGAGAAGGGCGCCUACACCGUGGUCGAUCCGGCGGACCCAGAGCUCAUUCUCGUGGGCACAGGCUCCGAGGUGGGCCUGUGCAUGGAGGCCGCGAAGGAGAUGAGCCACAAGAAGAUCCGGGUCGUGUCCAUGCCGUCCUGGGAGCUCUUCCGGGCGCAGCCGGCAUCCUACAAGGACUCCGUGCUCCCGAAGGGCGUCCCGACCCUCAGCGUCGAGGCCGCCUGCACCAUGGGCUGGGAGGAGUGGGCCACGGGCCACAUCGGCAUCAACUGCUUCGGCGCCUCCGCCCCUGGCGGCACCUGCCUCGACAAGUUCGGGUUCAACGUCCCGAACGUCGUCUACUGCUCCCUGCGCAUGCUCAAGGGGGAGACUGGCGUGCUGUCGGACGGCAGCCAGGGGAAGCACUGA